UUGUUUUUUGGAAUUUUCCUUUAAAUAAUAAUAGAAAAAAAAUUUUUUUUCCUUAAACAAAUUAAUUCUACCUUGUGGUACUGCCGGUUAAGUUUAGUUAGGUUAUAUCCUAUACAGAAUUCAAUCGUUUGCAAUUUUCAAUAAUGCCUAAACAAAAGAGAGAAGAAAAACCUAAGAACAAGAAAAACGAUAGUUCUAGUAGUGACAGUGAUGACGGCCCUGAAGAUAGGAACCCUCCUGCUGAAAAAAAGGCAAAAAUGGCAGACAGGACUAAUGAUAAAGAGCCAACAUGGGUGUUACAGGGCAAGAAAUUACUGAAAGUCCGAGAAUUCAAAGGAAAAGUAUAUGUAGACAUAAGAGAAUUUUAUGAAAAGAAUGGUGAACUUUUACCAGGUAAAAAAGGGAUAAGUCUCACUCCAGAACAAUGGAGAAAAUUGUUAUCAAUAGGUGAAGAGGUUAAUGAGACUGUUAGUUCCAUGUGUUAAUUGUUUUUUUUGUUAAUAAAUGCAUUGAUUAUAAUAUUAA